AUGGGACCUCUUCCUGCUGAAAGACUGACGCCUGCGAGGGUAUUCUCUGUGUGCGGUGUUGACUACGCUGGCCCCCUCUUGCUUAGGAUUGGUAGAGGCCGAGGGUGCAAAACUGAGAAAGCAUGGAUUGCAUUGUUUAUAUGCUUAGCGGUGAAAGCAGUGCAUCUGGAACUAGUCUGUGGCCUAACUACAGAAGCGUUUCUGGCGGCCUUCCGUAGGUUCAUUUCCCGCCGCGGGAAACCUGUGACAGUGUUUAGUGACAAUGGCAGCAAUGACAGCAAUUUUCGCGGUGGAUACCGAGAAAUGCGCGACUUGAAGAAACUGUAUGACUCUAGAUCGCACAACGAGACCGUGGCAAAAGCUUUGGCUGAAGAAAAUAUAAGUUGGCAAUUCUCUCCUCCACUUGGUAGUCACUUUGGUGGUCUCUGGGAGGCUGGAAUUAAGAGCGUCAAGCAUCACUGGAAUCGUGUCAUUGGAAAUGCUCGUUUGACCUACGAGGAGAUGUAUACAGUUCUGUGUCAGAUAGAGGCUUGUCUAAACUCACGACCUCUAUGUCCACUGAGCACAGAUCUCCAGGUCCUCACUCCGGGACAUUUCCUCAUCUCUGCUGAGAACCUUGCCGGAACCAGAUCUCACUGA